AUGCACUUAUAUGUAGUUAUAUAUAGUAUACUCGAGAGCUCAUCUCUUGGGUUUGGCGUCCCAGAUCUGAUCUGCCCUCUCAGCAGCCCAGCCAUCUCGAUACUUUUUCUGGAAACCGCUCAGACAAAUCCGCAGGACCGUUGCGCGAGAAGUCGCCAUUUCGGGAACACGUCAAUUAGUUAUCCUAAUCGGGAAAUAUGCCACGUUAUAUCCCAAACGGGGCAAACAAGUGGCCUGGCAGCCUGGACGUCCAAAGACGACGGCAGACGUCGAACUGCGUCACAGAGCGGUGUUCCUGGGCGCAUGCACUCGUCGCACGUUCGGUGCCCCAUGCACAGCUGGCGGUCGGUCGGGACGCUGAACUGGUGGUCCAAAAGAGCAGGAACGGUGGUCGGCUGUCGUUGCCCCCAUUGUUCAUUGCUGGCCAGUCGCCCAGCCGUCCAUGACCCACAGACAACCGUCACCGUUGCACAAUGCAGCUUCGAACACAUCCACUCGUCCCAGACAGUUUCGGGCCCAAUGCGGUAA